AUGGACGAAAGCAACCAUGAAAUGGUUAACACCCUAACUUCACAAUUAGGAACUAUCUUGAAUCCUUUAAUCAAUAAUACAAACGACAACUAUCAGUUGUUAGCCCAUCAGAUGGGGCGAAUUGCAGAUUUCUUUGGCACUCCUGCAAUGCCUAACCAAAAUAUUCAACCCAUUCGAAACCAAGAGCAUGUUCAGGACCGAGGUUUGCCCAUUAAUGUUGGGGUCCCUGUAAAUCAAGUGCCACAAAUGGUGCAAGAGGAACCACCAGAACAAGUGGUGAAUCAAGUUCAAGAUCCAGGGAUAGUUUUGGUUAAUAGAAAUCAAAUUGCUGACGAAGUAGUUAGAAAUGUGCAACAAAAUAAUUUUGCACAACAAAAUAACUUGGCAAAUUUAGUCGAAACAAUAUUGACCCAAAAUGGGUUUAAUGUAGGCUUACACAGGCCCAAUUUCGUUUCACCUUUGGCUGAGUACGUACUACAAACUGAAUUGCCAAGGGUAUGGAAGAUCCCCAAAUUCACAAAGUUUGCUGGGGAUACAACUGAAUCAACAGUGGAGCAUGUUGCAAGAUUUUUUACUGAAGCAGGAAAUUUGGCAGAUAAUGAAAAUUUAAGAAUGAAAUAUUUCCCAAAUUCCCUCACGAAAAAUGCUUUCACUUGGUUCACAAUGCUUCCCCCACAUUCGAUUCAUCAUUGGGCUCAACUAGAAAGGGUUUUCCAUGAACAAUUUUACAUGGGCCAAUCUAAAAUUAGUUUGAAAGAAUUGGCUAGUGUUAGAAGGAAAACACCAGAGUCUGUAGAUGAUUAUUUGAAUCGAUUCAGGCUACUCAAGGCUAGAUAUAUGGCACAAUUAGCAGAUAGAGUGAGACAGGUCGAACGCCUUAAAGCUGAAAAGGCUAGAUCAUCGAAGUUUCCAAAAAGGGAGAAAAUAGCCUAUGUCGAAACAAUAGAUGAUGAGGAUGAAUAUGUUGUCAAUUACGAGGACAUAGAGGAUAAUGAAAUUAAUGUGGCUGAAUUAAAACCAGGCCCUCCCUAUGUUUGUAAACUGCUAAAGCCAUCGAAUGGAAAAAAUCCAGUCGAACCCAAAAAUGAUAAAUUUAUUGCUAAAACCUAUUCAUUCGACAUAACAAAAUGUGAUGAAAUAUUUGAUUUAUUGGUUGCUGAUGGCCAAAUUGUUGUCCCAAAGGGGUUAAAAGUGCCUCCUUUAGAACAACAAAAGAAAAGAGGUUUUUGUAAAUUUCAUAAUUUUUUGGGUCACAAAACCGCACAAUGUGUUCUUUUCAGGGAUCUUGUUCAAAAGGCUUUAAAAGAUGGGAGGCUGAAGUUUGGAGAGAAAUCCAAGCAACAGAUGAAAAUUGAUGAAGAUCCAUUACAAAUAUCAGAUGCUUCCUAUGUGGAGCCAGUCGAAUGCUUGAUGCCAUGGAUUUAUCUGGUGGCGCACAGUUGGUUUCUAUUCCAGAGAAUGAAUACUACGAGAAGAUGA